AUGCCCAGUUCUCUCCGCCUGCUCAUCCUGGUGACAGCGUUGGUGGUGGUAGCAGUAGUAGAGGCAGUAGCAUCUAGGAACCCAUACCGAGUCCACACAAAGCCCACUAAGAGGCCUCAGGGUGGAGAAAGCCCCUCACAGCUGCCCUCCCGUGUGGGGGCUCGCCACACCACCACCGCCACUGCCAUCCACUCCAGCAGUGCAGCCACUGAGGAGACCACAGAGUCCAUCAUGGAUGCCUAUUCCCUGUCUCCCACUGACAGCACCACCUACGCUAGUGAUGCUUACUCUUCAGACUACCACACUGAGGCUAUGCUGCCCCCUGGAGUGGGCCAAAGGAACUACACCCUGGACUACAACGAGUGCUUCUUCAACUUCUGUGAGUGCUGUCCACCAGAGAGAGGCCCUCCAGGACCCAGCGGAGAGAAGGGGUCAUCAGGUGGUCCAGGGCAGAAGGGCCAGGUGGGACCUCAGGGACCAGUAGGGCCAGCCGGACCCCCUGGAGCUCGUGGACUGCAAGGAGAAAAAGGAGAUCGAGGAGAUGCUGGAGAGAAGGGGCUGCCGGGAAUUCCAGGACUUGCUGGGAUGCGUGGGGAUAAGGGUGAGCCAGGACUUAAAGGAGACAAAGGAGACAUCGGUUUGCCUGGACUGAAAGGUGACCCCGGAGAAAGAGGGGAACCUGGGCAGAAUGGCACCAAGGGAGAGAUGGGUGAGCCCGGCAUGCAUGGUCUGAUGGGACCUGCCGGACUGGAUGGAAUGAAGGGGGAAAAAGGUGAAAAGGGAGAAAUGGGAGAACGCGGUGGUGGCGAGAAGGGCGAGAAAGGUGACAAAGGUGAAUCUGGACCACCAGGACCAAAGGGGGACAUGGGCAUCCCGGGAUUCAACGGCACUGAUGGGUCUCCUGGGAUUGUGGGUGAGAAAGGAGACCCAGGGCCACAAGGUGCCCAGGGGGAGCCUGGCACAAAGGGACCACCUGGACCACCAGGGCAAAGAGGUAUGCCUGGUAUGAAAGGGGUCCGAGGUCUGAAAGGUAUGAGGGGCCUAAGGGGAGUGAAGGGAUCCAAAGGGGAGCCUUUCAUUCAGAAACGUUCGGCUUUCAGUGUUGGACUCUUCCCAAGCAGGUCCUUCCCGCCUCCUGGCCAACCCGUUAAAUUUGACAAGGUCAUCUAUAAUGAGGAAGGCCACUGGGACCCCAACAUCAGCAAGUUCAACUGCACUUACGGCGGCGUCUACGUGUUUUCCUACUACAUCACCGUGCGCAAUCGUCCUUUGCGGGCAGCUCUGGUGGUGAACGGGGUUCGUAAAUUGCGUACCCGUGACUCUCUCUACGGCCAGGAUAUCGACCAGGCAUCCAACAUGCUACUGAUCCGACUGUCCUCUGGUGACCAAGUGUGGCUGGAGACGCUGCGGGACUGGAAUGGAGUUUAUUCCAGCAGCGAAGACGACAGCACCUUCUCUGGGUUCUUACUGUUUGCGGAUGCCACUAAGGACUAA